UGGCCCACAAUGCUUUGCAGCAUUAAUGGCCAACCUAUUCCCCAGGGAGGGGGAGCAUUGCUGCCGGUGCUGCUCUGCUCUCCAUUCAGUACCUCUGGUGAUGACAGCUCAACAAGGAUCAGCAAUAAUUACGUAAGAUGAUGCAAAAAUAAAAGGUGCAAAUACUCUUUAAAGGGAGUAAUAAUGGGACCGGGAAUUCAAGAUUACUCCUUAUUACUGCACAGAGGGACACAGAAAAAGGAGAACCAAACCCAUGAACCCCACAAAGGAAUGGUAAUUUCCAAUGGUGGAAAGGGCCAUGCAAGUACCAAAGGACUAAAGAAACAAAUCCCCCAUGUGAAACCUUUUCCCAGCAGACUAGGAAAGACUGUUUCAAAUGGCACCGAAAAGGGUUCCCAUCACACCCAGGGUGAUGAUCAACCACAUUUUCUUUGCAAGGAAAGAAAUAGGCUAGAUGAGGAUCAUCAGAAAAACAGAGCGAUGGGUGCUGGUGCAUUGCUGUACAGAGUACAGGGGCUGAGGAAGAACCUCCCAGAAAAAAAGGAGAAGGAGUCUGUGCUUCAGAGGAUCCCUUCCAGCUUGAAGUGCAGUUCACAGGGUGGUGGCAACAGGGCAGAAGAUGCACUGAUGCAAAGUUUUUAUAGCAAUAAAAGAAGACAGUGCAAAAGCAAUCUUGAAGAGUGCAUUGCUGAAGCUCUUCCCUGCACUUCUAAAUAUCCAGGGGCUUCUGUGAAUGAGAUGUUUCUUGAUUUUGAAGCAGUGCAAAUCAUUAAAGAGGAUGCCGAUGAGGACAGCGCCAGUGACCUUUCUGACUCAGAAAGAAUUCCCAUUCCCCCAUCUCCGUGCACGCCACCAGCACUCAACCUCCGAGCUGAAGAAAUCGACCCCGUCUGCUUGGAACACCACUCUGAAGCAGAGUUUAAAGAAUCCAAGUAUUAUUACCCGGAUUUCCUCCCACACCCUUUCAACUCUUGGGACCUGAAGCAGUUGGCAGUGUUUGUGAAUACAGAGGGGAAAUCCGAAUCUCCACCCUGCCCAGCAGGAUUUCUGGAGAAAUACAUUGAUCGGCUUUUGCAGCUGGAGUGGCUGCAGAUGCAAACCGUGCAGAACGAGAAAGGAAAGGCGGCCAAAGCUAGGCCUCACACUGCUCCUGCUAUCGCUCGGGCCCUAAAAAGCCCUGCUAAAGGCAAAGCUGUGCAUAGCCCUUUGCCUAACAAGCAGCUAACUCCCCAAGAAAAUGUUGCAAAGCUCCACACCACUCAUUCAGGUCCCAGGAGAGAUUUACACUGUGAAGAAAACAGCCAGUUAGAUGCAUAUCCGAAUCACUUGAAAGUUGCGGAGGUGCUGGGUGGCUCAUUGCCUUUUCAGAGGCAAACCUGUGAAAUGAGGAGCGAGGCAAAAAAGAGGCCAACCACCAAGCAACAACUUCUUAAUAUGAAGCCUUGUGAGAGCAGCUCUAAGAUUCAGGGCAUUGGUAACAUUAGACCCCCCAAGCAACCUUCCGCCUUCCCUAGUUCAGCGGCCCCUACCAAGGGCCUAAAAACAUACUCGUGUACAAAUCCGAAGAAGAAUGGUCACGCGAAUAAUUACGUUCCUUCCAAAAAAACAACAGGGGAAAGAAAGCUAAAAACAAAUGGCACAAAGCAAGCAUCGUAUAUAUUUAAAUAAUGACGAACAGUUGAUUAGUGAAUUAGCACUGCUGUGCUGAUGGCUGGACAGUCGUGUUCUCCUCCGGAGGGGAAUGGUUUUUUUUCAUAGAAAAAUCUUGAGGAAACUUGUUCUUACUCCAUGCUUCUGAAGUCAAUAUUGCACAUUAAAUAUAUUUGAUCUUAAACCAGCAGGGCCAACAGGGAUUUUUCCUCCCUGAAGGCAAGUGUCUUCCAUUGGUUCCUUCUUCAAAGGAUUCACAGUUGCUAACUUAGGAUGACUCUAGCUAAGGAAAAAGUUUAGUAAAAAAAGUCUGGUUUCUCCUCCCAGUUGCACCACUGUAACUUCAUCAACUGCUGUGGAGUUGCUCCCACUUAUGCGGAUGUGUGCAAGAAGAGAAUUGGACCCGUAUU